UACAAAAUCAAGAUAAACUUAAUUUUUUUUCCACAAAAAUAAAGCAAUAAAAUAUGUGAAAAAUUGUCUUUAAAAUUUAACAAAAAUUGUAGGAUAUUUAUAAUAUUUUAUAUUAAUUUAUUUACACAUUAUUUUAUUAUAAAUUUAAAAAAGAAUUUAAAUUUUUUCUAUUGUCUAAAUUAAUUUAAUUAUUAUUAUUUAAUUAUUAUUAUUUACUCAAAAUUAUACUUCAUAUUUAUUUCAAUUUAUUUUCUCUUUCUUUAAUUUUUGUUUUUAUUUUGACACAAAAUGGAGAAUCCUUUGUUUACAUUUGUUGUACUCACUUGAGCACACUUCAGAUCAAUGAAAUCAAUAACACGUGGUUGUUGUUAGUUUGUUACCCACCUGUGUUGACUCCAGUGGUUUCACACAGUUUCACAAAAACUCCAUAUUAAAAAAAAACUCCAACUGUGAAGGCUGUGAGUCACUCUGUUAAACAAUUUGUGAAAAACCUGACAAGCAACUAAUAAACCUCAAAAUCAAUUUAAAUUAAGGAGCAAUUAUGCCGGUUGACAGUGAUCAUUUGAUAUGUCCUCUUGACAAACAUCAUGUCAUUCUAAAACACAGAAUGCAAAUUCAUCUUGUCAAGUGUGAAAAGAAUCAUGAUAUGACUAAAAAAUCAAAAUGUCCUUACAACAAUACUCACAUUGUUGAUAAAAUUGUUUUUCAGCAUCAUAUUGAGACUUGUCCUGAUGCCAAAAGUUUUAAUGAAUAUGUGUACAAUACUGAUGAAAAAAGACUGCCUGGUAUUCUUCCACUUGAAGAUAUAAUAAAACGACAAGAAGAUUUUGUUUGUGAUGAAGAAAGUUGGGAUUCUCCAAUAAAUGGACCUGGUUAUGAUCCUUUCAAGUGUUCUGAGAAUAAAGCUGUAUUUAGACAAUUACCAACUUCAACAAGUAAAAGUGGAAGAAAGGCUUUUCGUGAAGCUGAAAGAAAACGUCAUGCUGAACUUGAAAAUAUUGGUGUUCCUCGUCAUGUAGGCUUGAAUAAUGACAAUAAAUCAUCGACAUUUAGUGAAUCAAAUUCACAAUUAAGACGUCCAAAUACUGAAUCAAAAACAAUGCUUACUUCAAGUUCAUCACAAACAACUUUACCAAGUAUUAAACAAGAAGUUGAUAAUAAAAAUCAGAAUGCAGAAAAUAAACUUGACGAUUUUGCUGAAAAUAAUAUUGAAAAUAUUGCUGAUAAUUUGGAAAAGAUUACAUUGAAUGAUCAUAAAAUUAAAGAGGAACAAUUUGAUAAAGAUUUUCCAGUACUUGGUGGUGCUAAGCAAAAGUUUACAGUUGUUAAAAAUAAAAAAUCAUUUAAAAAACGUUCUGUUCUUUCACCUCUGUCGUCAGCCAACAAUGACAAGAAUGCCAACAACAUAUAAAAUUGAAAAAUAUCUAAAAAGACAAACAAUCAUUUAAAUAUUUACUCCAAAAAAAAAAAAAAAAAUGAUUUGUUUUGUUGUCAAUGAACUUACUGGGAUUUUAUUAUUAUUUUAUUUUAUUUUCAAUUGUAAUUUUUCAUAUUUUUUUGACAGUAAGUUAGUUGUCAUUUUUGAUAACAAAAAAACUGUUUUAUCAAUUUAAAAAAUAUCAACAAACAGUGUUGUUAAUACUCCAUCAUGAACAAUUACUUUUUUUUUUUUUUUUUUAAUUUAUCUCAAUCAAAAUAAAGCUGAUAAAUCAAAGAACUUUAUCAUUAAUUUAAUGAUAAAUUAUUUAUAAUUUAAUAGAUUAAAAUGACUUUGAGAUUUGAUGAAAAAAAAAUAGUUUUGUUUUGCUCAUUGAAGCUACUAAAAAAUUAAAACUAAAUUAAUUUUUCACAUCAAUAAAUAAUAACACUUUAUAAAUAAUAAUACUUUUCUUAAUUACAAAAAAAAAUAAUAAUAAUAAUACAAACAUAAAGUAAAUAGAUUCAACUUCUAUUCAACACUCACUUUUCAAUAAUUUUUUGUUAAUAAAUACGCAAAUGUAAUUUAAAUUAAUGCACAUAUCCCAAAUCUGUAUGAUUAUUAUUUUCUUUUUGUUUUUUCAUUAUUUCCAUGUAACAGUAUCAUUUGAGUAAUAUUAAUGUCAAUAAUAAAUAUACAUACAGCUUAA